UGAUAGUUCAUUCAUUAGCUACGAUUUGAAAUUAAUAGUAGCUACUCGUGGUCGUAUCAGAACGCUUCAUUUUUCGAUAUUUUAAAAUUCGAACUAAGUAGGUAGUUACGUGCUAAAAAGUAAUCAUGAAUGCAGAAGUGGAACGUAUUAAAAAGAAAUUUACUUUGCCUCACUCGCUCCAAAGCAGUGAAUAUAACGUAUGGGUUGAUUUUUCCAUCGUUGCUGCUCAAUACAAACCUGUAGAUUUAGGACAAGGAUGUCCAAAUUAUUUACCGGGAGCUUUUAUUGUAGACACACUUACCGAUGUUUCCGAAUCAAUGGAUUCUGCUAUUCUCCACGAAACUCGAGGAGCUGGUCAUUUAAGAUUGGUGAACGCCCUGAGUAAUUUGUACUCCAGAUUUUGCAACCGAAAAAUUGAUCCAGAAAGAGAAGUAAUGAUUACUUGCGGUGCAUACGAAGCUUUAUACGGUUCAAUUGUUGGUAAUGUGGAAGUUGGCGAUGAAGUGAUCAUUAUCGAACCUUUUUUUGAUUGCUAUGAACCAUUGGUGCAACUUUGUGGAGGAAAAAUCAGAUUUAUUCCACUUAGAAAUACUUCUAAAAAUGGUUUAUCCAGUUCAUCCAGUGAUUGGAAACUAGACGAAGACGAAUUACGAGGCCUGUUCAAUGAAAAAACCAAACUGAUAAUUUUAAAUUCUCCGAUGAAUCCUAUCGGGAAAGUUUUCAGUCGAAAAGAAUUAACUUUCAUAGCCGAAUUAUGUAUUAAAUAUAACGUCAUGGUUAUAUCGGAUGAAGUUUACGAAUGGCUGGUAUAUGAACCAACACAACACGUGAGAAUGGCUUCGUUGCCUGGAAUGUUUGAAAGAACCAUAACCAUAGGUUCGUCCGGUAAAGCUUUCUGUGUAACUGGCUGGAAAUGCGGUUGGGCUUAUGGAUCUGCUCAACUAAUAGCUAAUGCUCAAGUUGUUCAUUCCAUAAAUACCAACUCUUACAUUACUCCAAUUCAAGAAGCUGUUGCUCUCUGUGUUGAGAGAGAAAUUGCAAGGUUCGAUUCUCCAGAAUGCUGGUUCAAAGUUCUUCCUAAAGAUGUUAAACCGAAGAGAGACUAUUUUAUUAAAGCUUUAAUUGAAGCAGGUUUCAAACCAAUCUGUCCUGAAGGAGGUUUUUUUAUUGUUGCAGAUUGGUCUGCUCUAGAAUCGAAAACGGACUUGCGGAAUGAGACGAGUGAAUUCAAAGAUAUAAAUAUGGCUAAGUGGAUGGUCAAGAAUAUCAAUUUAUUAGCAAUACCCCCAUCUGUAUUUUAUUCAGCCAAUAGCAAACAUUUGGGAUUAAAUUUAAUUCGAUUCUGCUUUUUUAAAACUGAUGAGACGUUGUCCGCUGCUGUAGAAUGUUUGCAAAAACUGAAAAACUUUUAAAGAAGUAAUGCAUAAUUACGAAAUCAAUAUAAAAAGAAGAGGAAUUAAAAAAUUGAAGAAGCAUAACAGCGAAUAUCCACGAAAAUAAAAAUGUGUUCAAAAGUUACCAUAAAGAUUAAAUUUUCUACGUCA